GUUUGUAAUGGAGCCCGUGACGUCAUCAUUUCCUCUUCCUGAUUCUGUGCGGAAAUCAGCAGAAGGCAAACAGCGUCACUGAUGUAGAGACAUAUGGCGCUGGAUGUAUGAGUGCCAUUACUCUGCCGGCUCAAUAUCCGUUUAUAGCAGCUGAAAUAAACCUGUGUUGCGGGUAUGAUGGCAACAUUUGUAUGUCAUUAGGAACAAAAUGGCAGGAGAGAGGGCACUGGUGGAUGAGACUACGCUGACCGAGCUCCGUGCCAACGCUAACACUGUGGUGAAAGGCCUCUCUGAAAGAUCGAUCUCAGAACCUGCUGGAUGUCUAACUAUGGGUGCCUCCAUUCAGCCAAGCAGGGGAACCGGCGAGGUCGUAAAUGCUCAGAAAGAGCCGCCUAAACGAGACAAUAGCUGCCCAUCCUCUCUUCACUCCACCUCCACUUCCUGUAGCUCAUACAGUCUGGAAAUCAGUGUAUCCACAGCUGAAACUAAUAACAGUAACAAAGAUUUUAGACCACUGCCUUUAAUGACUCCUGCAGAAAGAAGAAUUUGUCAAAACUCAGAGGCCAAGCCCCCAAGUCCCCUGGUCCAAGUUCCUUCAGCAACACAGUCAUAUAGAGCAUCAGAUCCCAAGCCACUCCAAAAAAAGGAGCAGAAAGUGGAAUCAAAGUUCAGUCAGUGCCAGGAUAAAAAUGGCCCAUCUGAGAUUGUGACACCCAAAAGCCCAAGUAUAGAAUCUCAUCUGGAGAAGACAUAUUUGUCCAGCCCAUUCGAUAAUAGGAAGGUAGAAGCUCAACCAGUGUCAUCCAGCCAGCCAUCUAAUGCAACUUCUACUCAGGAACGUUUGAAGCAUGACAGCUUAAGUUCAGAGAAGCUCUCCGAUCUCUCUGAAAGCUCUCUCAGAAACUCUCACCUCUCUGCCAGCCAGGGAGAGGAGGACAUCUUUUACGCGUUUGUAAUCCUCCAUGCACAAGAGGACACCGAAGAAGCAUUAAAACUCAAGUCCAGGUUAGAAUCGAUCUCCUCAACGACUGGAGCGACUUUCUCCGAGGACUUUGCUGUGCCCGGCCAGUCGACUUUCAGGUGUGUCGAGGAGGCCAUCGAGAACUCGGCCUUCGUCAUGCUGAUGCUUACGCCAAACUUCAACACUCAGCUGAAUGAGAUGAACGCAGAUUCUGCACUUUUGAACUCGAUUGAAAAGCCACACAAAAGCAACACCGUCAUCCCUCUACUGCCCCGGGUCAACGGUUUGCCUCGUGACCAAAUGCCCUUAGUGUUGAAGACUAAGAACCCACUUGAGGAAAUGAAGGAAAAGACAUUUGAAAAUAUGGUUCGAAGGGUCCUGGAUUGGAAAAAAAUACAAACCCAGAAGUCAAUGUGGAGAAAGGCACAACAGUUAAAGAAGCAGCGGGAAAAACAGCAGCAUUUGCGGGAGAAGAGACGGUACUGUGAGGACAUUAUUCGGGAGUCCACAAAGGUCUGUGAGUUAGAGAAGGAAGUACAGCAACUGCAAAUGCAACAGCAACGCCUGCCACCUUCUUACACGCCGCAAUUCCACGGUGCUCCCAGAAGGCCACAGUCGUUUGCUCAUAUGCCUUUCCAAAGCCCGAUGCCUUCGUAUUAUAGUGACAAUAUGUGCCACCAACCGCCAUCGAACAUCCACAUCCAGAAUGCUAAGUACAUCAUGAUCGGAAAUAACUCCACCAUGACUGUAGGAGGAGGUGUAGAGUCUGGGGAUGAAGAUAACUUCUGAAAAAAAAUCAUACGCAGACUGGAAUUCACAUCUGUAUGAGAUUGGAUUAUCCAAUGAUUAGGUUUGAUCACGUUUUCUCAGAAGGUUAAUCGACUUUUUAUUGACACGACAGAUCGAAGGUUUUCAUUAUCAUCUAUGGGGUUAAAGUUUUUUUUAAUUAUAAGUUCCUUACUGCAGUUUGUUCUCAACUUUUUUCUUUGGUUUCAAGUCCCCAAAAAACUUCCUUCUUCAAAAAAUCCUACUAAAACAACCUCCGUUUCUCGCCUCAGAAAGAUUUGGGUUGGGGUUAUGAUUCCAGACUCCUGAGACUUCCUGGCGUGUUCAUAACUUUAUACACCCGCCUUCUAUCAGACCUACAAACAGGACACUAUCUGGGGGUGUUUUGGUGCCUGAGACAUGCUAUACACUGCCAUGCUAGGUUAUUUUUUCUAUAUUUUUUCUCUUUUAUGUUGCUUACAAGGACAAUAGGCUAAAUACUAAAAAUAUAAAAGAUGUUUUUCGGA